CGGGCUCCUCGUUCUUUGCUUUACGUGGUCAACGUCUGGGAGGAAGCGAGGCGGGGUUUUGUCUUGCGGCCGCUACGCUGCGGUGACAGGCGAGCGAAGCAGCGGUCGAGAUGCUGCUCGCCGUGUGGGGCUUCCUUAAGCGUCACAAAAAGAAAUGUUUCUUCUUGGGCGCCUUCCUUGGUGGAGUUUAUGUACUUGGAAAAUAUGGGCAGAAAAAAAUGAAAGAAAUCCAAGAAAGAGAAGCUGCGGAAUAUAUUGCACAAGCACGAAGGCAGUAUCAUUUUGAAAGUAACCAGAGGACUUGCAACAUGACAGUAUUGUCAAUGCUUCCAACACUAAGGGAUACUUUGAUGUAUCAACUGAAUUCUGAGAGCCUCACUUCACUGUUGAAAAACAAACCAGCCAACAAGUUAGAUAUAUGGGAAGAUUUGAAGAUUAUAAGUUUUACCAGAAGCAUUGUAGCUGUAUAUAGCACAUGUAUGCUUGUAGUUCUUCUACGAGUCCAGCUAAAUAUAAUUGGUGGAUACAUUUACCUGGAUAAUGCAGCAGUUUGCAAAAAUGGCACAACACCUCUGGCUCCUCCUGAAGUCCAACAGCAAUAUUUAUCAAGUAUUCAGCACCUUCUAGGAGAUGGUUUGACUGAAUUAAUUACUGUGGUUAAAAAAGCUGUGCAGAAUGUAUUUGGGAGUGUUUCUCUCAAACAUGCUCUUUCUCUCUUGGAUUUGGACCAGAAGCUACAAGAAAUUAAGAAAAUGAUAGAACAACCGGGAGAUAAGUCCUCAUCUGAAGAAACUGGAUCUCGGUCACUGUUAUGUCAUUACAUGAUGCCAGAUGAAGAGAAUCCUUUAGGUUCCCAGGCUAAUGGACUUACAGAAAAAGAUGUGGCUACUAUUAAAUUACUUAAUGAAACAAGAGACAUGUUGGACAGUCCAGAUUUUAAUAGAGUUUUGAGCUCAUGUUUAAAUAGAGGAUUCAGUCAACUGCUGGACAACAUGGCAGAAUUCUUCAGACCCACCGAGCAGGAUAUAUGCCAUAGUGGUUCCAUGAACAGCCUUUGUAGCAUCAGUCUUCCUUUAGCAAAGAUAAUUCCAAUAAUAAAUGGGCAGAUUCAUUCAGUCUGCAGUGAAACACCAAGUCAUUUUGUUCAGGACCUGUUAAUGAUGGAACAAGUGAAAGACUUUGCUGCUAAUGUGUAUGAAGCUUUCAGUACCCCUCAACAACUAGAGAAAUAAACUGUAUAGCAAGAUGUACAUACAGUGCAUUUGUGAAUUCUUCAUUUAAUAAGGAAUCUCAUCAGAAUGGUACAGGAUUGUUUGCCCUACAGAAAGAAUGCCUUUUAAGGAAAUACAACUUCUAGGUUUUUUAUUGAUAGAGAUCACCUGACUUAAAUGGGGAGGGGGACAUUAUGUUGCAAGCCUUUGUGUUGAGGCAGUCUCAGUUAUGAAUAACUUGUUUACAAAAAGACAAUGCAAAGAACAGCCUGUCAGCAGUACGUUUUUUCAAGAUGUGUGUCUGGUUUCAAAAGUGCAAACUGCAACAACAUUAUGAGAAAGUCAGGGUUCUGCCUCGCUGUAGACCAAGGGGGAGGUGGAUCAGUUUUCCCUCAAAGCCAGGGACAGCGCUUAGCCUAUAAAACAAGAUUCCAUUCACAAAUUAUCUGCAACAUGGAACACAGUAGGACUGGCUUGUGUAUGUAGUACCACCACUGUACAGGCAAUGCACUCAGCACCUCUUCUGUCCGUGGCAGAUGAAGGUCAGGAAUAGCUUCUCUCAAUACGGAUUGGCUGUGAAGCAGAGCAGAAGUUGACCUAUAUACCCUCUCUGAAGCUUCACUCAAAAGCUAAUCAAACCAUCUGCUAAUAUGAAAAGAAGAGAUGCAAUCAAGCCUCCUUUUCUCCCUCCACUGUCUCAUCACCUUCUUACCUCCUGCCCUGAGUCAUUCUAAGAAUGGGGUAUGUGGCCUUUCGUGCUUUUAGGUCUUCUAGAUUAGGGCCACUGGUUGUUAAGUGCAUAUACUGAGGAAGUGUUGUGUUCUAAGCAAUGCAAUGUUGAGUGCUUACUCUACUGUUUCAGAUUUAAAGUAGAUGUUGUCUAGAAAAUACUAUGUUUACACUGUUUGUAAACGGUUACUGCUGUACAUAUCAUUUAUAAAUAUUUUAAAUUGUAAUAUCUGUGAAAUAUCUGAAUCACAAUAAACUAUUUUAACAAA